UUAAAUAUUGUGUUGUGUCUCUCACUCUCUCUCUCUUACUCACUCUUCUCUUGGGUCUCUAGCUAUUAUCUUCUCCGCCGCGGAGAUCCGUCGUGCGUUUUUCUCUUCCUUCUCUCUAUCAAUGGAUUCCCUCGUCGAAUCCGGUUGGCAGUACCUUGUUUCUAACUUCAGCGACUUUCAACUGGCGUGCAUUGGGAGUUUCAUCGUCCACGAAACUGUCUUCUUCUUGUCUGGUCUCCCUUACAUUCUCCUUGAAAGAACGGGUUUGCUGAGCAAUUACAAAAUUCAGACAAAACAUAACACUCCUGAAGCGCAAGGAAAAUGCAUAGCGUGGCUAUUGUUUUACCAUUCAUGUGUAAACUUCCCCCUCAUGAUGUUCUCUUACCGUGUCUUCAAAUUCAUGGGCAUGCAGAGCAGUUUUCCUCUGCCCUCCUGGAAAGUGGUGUCUGCCCAGAUCUUAUUCUUCUUCAUCAUUGAGGAUUUUGUAUUCUAUUGGGGUCAUAGGAUCUUGCAUACAAAAUGGCUGUACAAGAACGUGCAUAGUGUGCACCAUGAAUACGCCACACCGUUUGGUUUGACGUCAGAAUAUGCUCAUCCCGCUGAGAUUCUCUUCCUGGGUUUUGCGACCUUUAUUGGUCCGGCUCUCACAGGGCCUCACCUAAUCACCCUUUGGUUGUGGCUGGUGCUUAGAGUCAUUGAGACAGUUGAAGCACAUUGUGGUUAUCAUUUCCCAUGGAGUCCAUCUAAUUUUCUUCCUCUCUAUGGCGGUGCUGACUUCCAUGACUACCAUCACCGUUUACUCUACACAAAGUCUGGGAACUACUCAUCAACUUUUGUCUACAUGGAUUGGAUAUUUGGUACCGACAAGGGUUACAGAAAACUGAAGGCCCUAAAAGAAACCUGACAACAUGUUAAACUUGGUAUAUCAAGAGAGAAAGGUUUCACUCUCCAAAACUCUCCUUUUGUUUUGCGGUCUCGUGAAUAUUUAAAACUUUAGUCAUAAGAGCAUCAUAAUAGCAUGCUAUUUGGUCUGAAUCUUUCUUACUGUUUGUCUUAAUCUUUGGUUAGAGCUACUGCUCCUAGUUACAUUUAGUCCAUAAGAUUCAUUCUCAUGUAUGCGCCUCGCGGCACAGACAAAGAACCUCCUUCAAGUUAUCUAUCUGAAACCUAAAAGUUGAACUUCA